GUAAAGAUUCUAUUCGAUAUUACAACGAAGUGCCAGUGGAAAAGCGCGUCUUUAAGAAUCUGCAACUCUUUAUGGAAAAUAAAUCACCCGGGGAUGAUCUAUUCGAUCGUCUCAACACCACUGUGAUGAAUAAACAUCUGAACGAGCUGAUGGAGGGUCUUACCGCCAAAGUAUUCAGAACUUAUAACGCGUCGUGGACGCUGCAGCAACAGCUUGACAAACUAACGGACCCGAACGACACAGAGGCGGAGAAGAUUCUCUCGUACAAUCGAGCCAAUCGCGCCGUCGCCAUACUGUGUAACCAUCAGCGUUCUGUACCAAAAACACACGCGAAAUCCAUGGAGAAUCUAAAGGCAAAGAUUGACGCGAAGAAAGAAGCCAUAACCGAAUGCGAGUUGCAAGUAAAGGACGCUAAACGAGACGCAAAACACGGCUCGGUGAAGGAAAAAGUAACAUAUGAAAAGAAGAAGAAACAAUUAGAAAGAUUGAAGGAUCAGUUGACGAAGCUGGAGGUCCAGGCGACCGACCGAGAAGAGAACAAAGAGAUCGCACUGAGUACCUCCAAGUUGAACUAUCUCGAUCCUAGAAUUUCUGUUGCAUGGUGUAAGAAGCACAAUAUCCCAGUUGAGAAGAUCUACAACAAGACUCAGAGGGAUAAAUUCCGAUGGGCAAUAGACAUGGCGGGUCCUGAUUACGUGUUUUAACCCCGUGGGUUAUCGUUAUCAUCGUCACCGUCAACGCGUAUCGGCCCACGAAUGGAGUACAUCUCCCGCUGACGAUGUAUCUAGUGAAUUUUACGUUCUAACGAGAAGCCAGGAGACUUAAAGUAAGACAAAAAAGGAAUGAUGAAAAAAAGAAAAAAAAGAACAGUGUAAACUGUACGAAAAAAUUUUUUUACACUUACGUGGUAUAAAUGUGAGAGUGUGGGAACAUAUUUUCUAUAGGAUGAUAAUACAACGCAUGCGUAUUAAAUCACUAUUGCGAUUGGUAUACCUAAAGAGGUGUUAACUUAAAUACCGUACGCGGAUUCGAGCUUGUCUCGGGUCAAUCGUACGCGCGUAUUUUGCCACCGACAAAAUGCUAUCCACACCGCUAGCGCUUGUUCGUCUCUACGUGCCAGUUCGUGCAAGGCACUCUGACGUGAUAAUCCAUAAGGAUGAUGAUCAAGAGAAAGAACCUCGCGCAUUGCGAGUAGCUUUUAAACGAGAAUGGGAGGUUUAUGAGUUUUAUUUUGUUUAGGUAGAAAUUUAUUCUGACCGAAGUAGGAAAUUAGCAAACAAAUUUGUUCAGGCAAAAAAAGAAAGAUCGUUUAAAUUUGUUAACGGGCGUGCACGGAGUGCGGUGAUUAAUCUCACGAGGAGCACGAGAUCGUAGUGAGCGUUUCGCGCCGACUUCGGCAUGUGAGAAGCUAAUAACUAUUGUAUAUAUGUAGGACAUGGUCGUGCGAGUGAGAUGCGAAUACAGUUUAUGCUAUGUCGAUAUUUAAAAAAGAAAGAAGCAAGAAGAAAAAGGGAAAGGAAAGAAAGGAAACCAAUUCUUGGAGCAGGCAGCUGAAGAAUUUUGUAUUUCCCAUUAACGAGCGUAAUACACACUUGUUUCUCUCAUAAAUGUAUGAUAAUGUCAUUCAUCGAAUAUCACGUCUACAUUUUGCAGCAUCGUGUCGAAGACAUUUAUAUGUAUUCGUAGAACAUAUUCAAUAUAGUGCACUCCUUUUUUGAUAUAUAAAUGGAAUGAAAGCAAAGCGGCUAGCAAAUUUUCGCCGGAUCGUGAUUUGCCCCCCUUAUCCUGCAAGCCUACGCGCCUCCAAAAAAAACUCGAUAGUAUAAAGAAAUGCUGAAUAUAUAUAUAUAUAUAUAUACAUAUAUAUAUAUUUAAGUGAAUUACAUCGCUUUUAGCGAUUUAUGUUUUAUAAGAUGAUGUCUCUAGGCUAUAAAAAUAAACGAGAAAAUGUAUCUCUUAA